AAGAAAUCAUUUCUCUUUUUUAGUCUUCGGUUUCCUCCUUUGGAAAAUGAUAGGAUCAGACAAUUUCCAGGAUCCCUUUCAUAUCAAACAUUCUCUGCUUUAUGGUCUACUCUCAUUUCGAUAUGCCUUGUCCCAAGGCUUCUUCUAGCACUGAAGUCCUAUGAUUCAAACUUUUCUUCCUCUCCCAAUACAGAUGCCAAAGGGCUGAGUGACCCUGGCAAAAUUAAGCGGAUGCGGUCACAGGUGCAGGUGAGCCUGGAGGACUACAUCAAUGACCGGCAGUAUGACUCUCGGGGCCGGUUUGGGGAAUUGCUGCUGUUGCUGCCCACCCUCCAAAGCAUCACCUGGCAGAUGAUUGAGCAGAUCCAGUUCAUCAAACUCUUUGGUGUGACCAAGAUUGACAACUUGCUGCAGGAGAUGCUGCUGGGGGGGUCUUCCAGUGAAGCACCCCAUGCUCACCACCCUUUGCAUCCUCACUUGGUGCCAGAGAACAUGGGCACCAAUGUGAUAGUCGCCAAUACCAUGCCUGCCCAGAUCAGCAAUGGACAGAUGUCCACUCCUGAGACCCCACAGCCCUCUCCACCAGCCAGCUCAGGGCCUGAGCCCUACAAGCUCCUGCCAGGAGCCAUCGCCACAGUGGUCAAGCCUCCUUCAUCCAUCCCUCAGCCCACCAUCACCAAGCAGGAGGUCAUCUAACAUGGGGCCAGAGGGGCCAGGUGAAGACAGCCAGACACUGCCUCUCCCCAGCCUGGCUUUGUCCUUCCCUGGCCUCCAGAAGGACUGGCCCCCUCAGAACUCCCAGUGGUCUUGGUGAAAUAGGAUAUAAUAAUGAGACUUGCCCUAGGACCAUAAAGGCAUAAUGGGGAGCAAGGCUCAGGCUGAGGGCUCCAGCUACUGACUUGUGUGCCUUAAUGCAAUCCUCCUAUUUUGGGGAAUAUAGAGGGAGGUUGGGAACGAUCACCUUUAGUGGAGUUUAGUUGUUUCUCAACACUUUCUCCCCAUCCAAUCAGUUUCUUCAUCUCCUAACUCUGCACCCAAACAGCUGCCACCUCCCCCUCUUGGGAUUUUUUUAGAAUCACCAGUGAGGUCAUCCACUUUGUCUUCCCCUUUGAAGACUAAAAACCCUGAGACUCAGAGCCAUUUGGGAAGAGAAUGAGCCAGGCCAGGACUUUCUGCCUAUUCUUACUGCCAACCCAGUCCCAGUCUCCCCAAGGACUUCCAUUCAGAAGGAACCUUCCUCUCCAUGCUGGAGAAGACUCAAGACAGAAGUGGUGAUAGAAUACUCAGUCAUUUGACAAAGUUUAUGAAGCAUCUACUAUAUCAAGCUCUGUGCCAAGCACUGUGUGGAUCAUGAAUGAAGAAGACACAGCCCCAUACUUCAUGAGUUUGGCUUGGGGGGGGGGAGGUGUGGAGAAGACUGGUUGGGAAGGCAAGAAACAGAGGCAUAAAACACCUUGAGAAUAAUCCAAGGUAAUAAAAUAUAGUAGGAAUCCAGGGAAAGGAAAAGAUCACUGUGGAUUGAGGGGUAGCCUGGCAGGGCUUCACAGAGAACAGUUUUGGAUUUUUGUAGAUGAAUAGAGAAGACAUUCUAGUUCAAGGGAAAAGCCUAAGCAAAAGUACAGAGGUAGGAAUUUAUUCUUUGUGAUGAGACCAAAUACAUUCAGGCACAGUGAGUCAUGAUCUUAGGUAAAGUGAGGCUAAUUGAUGGAGAACCUUGAAAGUCAGUAUAGACUUGAUUUGUUGGUAUUGCAGAUUCUUCAGCUGGAGAGGGAACAAGGGUUGCCCUCAAUUUAAAGGAGUUCUCAAGGCAAUAAAAUCAGCAGUUUCUCUC